AUGGGUGCCUCGUUUAGCAAGGCCAUGGGCAAGAUCUUUGGCAACAAGGAGAUGCGAAUCCUCAUGCUCGGCCUCGACGCAGCAGGAAAGACGACGAUCCUCUACAAGCUCAAGCUGAACCAGAGCGUCACGACCAUCCCCACAGUCGGCUUCAACGUCGAGACGGUGCAGUACAAGAAUGUCAAGUUCAACGUUUGGGACGUCGGUGGACAGGACAAGAUCCGGCCGCUGUGGAGGCACUACUACACGGGCACCCAGGGCCUCGUCUUUGUCGUCGACUCGCAGGACCGCGACCGCAUCGACGAGGCCCGGCAAGAGCUCCACCGCAUCAUUGGCGACCGCGAGAUGCGCGAAGAAGCUCGGUCUGCACCGGAUGCGCGACCGCUCCUGGUUUGUCCACCCGAGCUGCGCGACAUCAGGAGAGGGUCUCUUCGAGGGACUCUCGUGGCUAUCGCAAAACGUCAAGACGACCAAGAGCUGAACAAUACCGCCCAACCCCAUCCCCUGUCCUCGCCUCCUUUUCUUGCCGGCCCGAGCUUGCAACCCAAUUCUCUGUCGCACCCCCCUCUGCACUCGCCGGCUGCCGAUGAUACCAAACCCGGUCGACCAACUUUUGCCUCCUUCCAGCCGCCUGCACCCUCGUCCCGCCCUGGGCUGCAGCGAGCGAGCGAGCGAUCCGACCCGGCCGGUCCGACUUUUUUGCCCCUCUCCCUCUCCCCCCUUCUCUGUCUCUCGUCUGACGCUGUCCGAAUCGCCUGCCUGCUCUUCGCUCUCCCAUCGCGCGCCACUCGUCUGCGCGCGCAAUGA